UAAACAUGUCAGAAUCAAGAAAAGGAUACAAUCAAAGAUAUCAACAAAAGUAUGAUGAAUCUGAAACAUAUUACGAUAAAAGAGAAAGACAGGAUCGAGGAUCUCGAUAUGAUCGUAAACCUCUAAUUAACGAUAAUGGUAUGCAAAAGAUUGAUGAUACUAUUUACGUCAGUAACUUGCCUCAGGAUAUUACUGAAGAAAAACUUGCUGCUUAUUUUGGAUCAAUUGGUAUUAUUAAGACUGAUAAAAAAUUAAGAAAGCCUAAAAUUUGGAUUUAUAUGGAUAAAGAAACUAAUCUUCCAAAGGGAGAUGCCACUAUAACUUAUGAUGAUCCUCCUUCUGCAGACGCGGCUAUUGAAUGGUUUGGUGGAAAGGAAUUUAUGGGAAAUACUAUUCAAGUCUCAAAGGCUGAAAGAAAAAUGAAUAAUGCCAAUUUUGGUAAAACUAAUCAACGUGGUAGAGGCAGUAAUUACCGUGAUUAUGAUCGCAGUAAUAGUAGCAAUAGUAAUAACAAUAAUAGCAAGGAUGUUAGAGAUGGGGAUUGGACUUGUGAUAGUUGUGGUGCAAAUAACUUUUCAAGAAGAAAUGAUUGCUUUAAAUGUCAUACACAAAAAUCAAGUGGGAGACCUAAUAAUGAUAACAGAAGAGGUCAUAAUAGACAUCGUCCUUAUUAAUAAUAAUAAAAAAGUUGUCAAUUAUUGUUACAUAUGGUAUUUUACUAAUUUUGGUAACAAGUAAUUUCUUCUUUUGCCACACUUACACGCGAACCACGAGAUAUUAGAAAUAAAGAAGAUUUCAGGAGUAAUAUGUGUAGGCUUCCCUUUUUUAGAUUUGACUUGUUGUAUUUUCUUUUUUCUCCUUUCUCUCUUUUUUUUUUUUU